CCCCGCUAGUCUUACAUCUACUUGGAAGAGAGCUGCAUGCUUCCCAGCCUCAGAGCUCCAGAGGACAGAUCAAUGUGAAUUCUUUCAUUCACCACUCACUGCUGCACAGCAUACUCCUCUCCCCCCACCCCCAGCAAUCUUUUAAUGGCUCGGGCUGCGCAGAAUAUUGGACUCCUGCUGUUGCUGUUCUGUAGCUUACCAAAUGCCCAAGGCUGGAGGAGUUGGUUUUGGGGGAGUUCAGAGAAAACAACCCUCCCUCCCACAAAGGCUGUCGAUACCAAGGAUCAGACGACAUAUCAAGUGGCCACAUCCAAGGUGACCACCUUGAACACCCCCCCUGAAAGCUCCACACAGCAGAUGGGAAAAGUAUGGAAUAUAUUCACCCUUAAGAGGCCAGACCUGACUGCAAGUACGACUGUCCCUACUACAGCUACUGCAUCACCUUCUGAUCUGGGAGGCCGAGAGGAAAGUAUUGCAGGGGUAGGGGCUGAGAUCCUCAAUGUGGCUGAUGGUAUCCGGAAUCUUGUUCAACAGUGGGAUAAAAAGACAACCGAAGGGACACAAAGGACCGAGGCACCGGUGACAGCUGGUUUUUUGGAAGCUUCCCCUCUUCAUGUUACGGAACUUGCUGCUUUCCAGAAUGUUACAGCCAACUUGACGGGUGAUGUGCAGAUCUUGCUGGAAGCUGAGCAGCUCCAAGUUGCUGUCUCAGCAACUACAAAGCCCGACUUUCUGUUGAACAAGACUCAAGUUCUUUUAAAGAUGCCUGAGACACCACGCCCAGGUAGUGCUGCUUUCUCCUUUUCACCAGAUGACCACGCCAGCGGGGAUGUGCUGGCUUUUCAAGAAUCCGCAGAUGCAGGGCGAGAAGGUGCUGCCACUCCAGAACUAAGGGCAAACUGGGGAGCUUUAUCAGAAAAACAAGGAAUUGCAUCCCAUCCAAAAGUUUUGGAAUUGCAGAAGCCUCAGGCUAAUAGCAGCGUGCAUGUUGGAAUUACAUCCAAGGUGGUGGGGGCUUCAGACAACUGGCUGUCCCUUUUUGUUGCAAAUUCAAACCAAUCAGCCUUUGAUGGCAAUAGUACCCAUCUCAGCCUUAAAAAACACCCCUUUAAGCAUUCUGGGAUACCAUUAGGCUUCUCUAGUGAUUCUGUUUCUAAUUCAAAUGCAACUAAUUUAAUGGAUUCCCCCCCUGCCAGUAACUCUGAAUCUCUUGAAUUUCUACUAACCUACACUAUGCAACAUUUUAGCAAUAGCAGUGCAGGGCUUCCUUCCUUCUUUUCUGGAUUGACUUCAGCAGCUGGCCGCUGCUUGCCUUUACCAGCCAAGCUGUCAUAUUGCAACAACCUGGGCAUGAAGCAUUUCCGAGUGCCGAAUUAUUUGCAUCAUGGCAGUGAGGAGGAAAUUCGGGCUGCUUUGCAUGAGUGGGAGGGGCUUCUUAAAUCUCGGUGUCACCGCUACUUGGAGUGGUUUUUCUGCUUGCUACUGGUACCCGGGUGUAACACUUCUCUUCCAAUAACACCUCCACCAUGCCGGGGAUUUUGUGAGGCCCUUAAAGAUCUAUGUUGGAUUCAUUUGAAAGAGGGGCACCUUCCGAUAUCAUGCGGCACUCUCCCAGCGGAGGAUGGUGUAUAUUCAUGUGUGUUUGUUAAUGUUUCAGCAGAAAAUUUCAGCACAGAAGUUGGUCUCUUAGAGCUGAUUGGGGAUCCCCCGCCAGACCAGAUAACCAAAAUAUAUGGCCCUGACAACAGCCCUGGCUAUGUGUUUGGACUGGAUGCCAACACUGGCCAAGUGGCCCGUUACCAUCUCCCCAGCCCAUUUUACAGAGACUUUUCACUCCUCUUCCACAUUCAGCCCACGUCGGACAAAGCUGGGGUGCUUUUUGCCAUCACAGAUGCUUCCCAGUCGAUCAUCUAUGUUGGUGUGAAACUUUCAGAGGUUAAAGAUGGGAAGCAGCAGAUAAUCUUCUACUACACAGAGCCUGGCUCUCAGGACUCCUAUGCUGCUGCCACAUUCACGGUGCCUUCCCUUGUCAAUCAGUGGACUCGCUUUGCCAUCAGUGUCGAGGAGGAAGAAGUGGUUCUCUACAUGGACUGUGAGGCAUUUGAGCGGGUCCGUUUUGAGCGUUCACCUGAUGAGAUGGAGCUGGAAGAAGGCUCUGGGCUUUUUGUGGCCCAAGCUGGCGGGUCUGAUCCAGACAAAUAUCAGGGUGUAAUUGCAGAAUUGAAAGUGAAAGGAGAUCCUCGGGCAGCUGACAUCCAGUGUGAGGAAGAGGAGGAUGAUUCUGAUAUGAUGUCUGGAGAUGGUGGAAGUGGAGCUGAAGAAAAGCCACAGCCAUCAGUCAAGGAAAAGGGGGAUGCUGUGCUGUUAAGCCUCCCAGAACCUCCACCUGUCACUUCUCCUCCCACUGAUAAAAAGCCUGUACUGCCAGAAGAGAAACUCAGUUUGCAAACGGAACUAACCAAACCAGAAGAGAGGCCACCAUUUGCAUCAGGAGUUGGAGCCAAAGGUGAAAAGGGGGAUCAGGGCGAAAAAGGUGAACGUGGCCCUAAAGGGGAUUCUGGAGUUGGUGGAGUUCUACCAGCAGGUGGUGCUAAAGGUGAAAAGGGAGAGAAAGGAGAGCUGGGUGUUAAGGGAAAUGCAGGCUUUGGGUAUCCAGGCUCCAAAGGACAGAAGGGCGAACCUGGUGUGCAAGGAUCUCCAGGCCCUGCAGGCCCCCCUGGCCCUGCUGGGACCAUUGUGCAAACCCCUGAUGGCUCUGUUAUAGAGCAAAUUGCUGGGCCACCAGGGCCACCCGGGCCACCUGGGAAUGGUUUACCUGGAAAGGAUGGAGAGCCUGGAGAUCCUGGUGAAGAUGGUAAACCAGGUGAUGUUGGCCCUCAAGGAUUCCCUGGCACCCCAGGGGAGCUUGGACAGAAAGGAGAAAAGGGUGAUCCCGGAAUUGGUGCACAAGGUCCCCCUGGCCCGCCUGGACCACCAGGGUUCAGUUCUAAACUGGACAAGUUGACAUUUAUUGAUAUGGAAGGCUCUGGCUUUGGAGGUGACUUGGAAAGUUUACGGGGCCCCAGAGGACCGCCUGGGCCCCCAGGGCCUCCCGGAGUGCCAGGCUUGCCAGGACAACCUGGGAGAUUUGGGGUGAACGGCACUGACCUUCCAGGACCACCUGGCCUCCCUGGAGUGCCAGGCAGAGAUGGCAGCCCAGGACUUCCAGGACUUCCUGGCCCUCCUGGUUCUCCUGGAAGAGAUGGCAUCCCUGCCCAGCCUGGGGCAAAUGGAGCAACUGGAGAACCAGGAGAACUAGGCCUCCCAGGAGCACCUGGACCCAAGGGCAGUAAAGGAGAUACAGGGUCGCCCGGAGCAUCAGGGGAAGCUGGCCUGGCAGGACUUCCAGGGCCCAUGGGUCCCCGAGGACCGCCUGGGCCUCCUGGUCCACCAGGGCCAGGAUUUGCACCUGGAAUUGAUGACAUGGAGGGCUCAGGACUGCCAUUUGUUUCUGCUGUCCCUGGAGCGCAUGGACCAGAAGGGCCACAGGGUCUGCCGGGACUUCCAGGGCUCAAGGGGGAUGCUGGCAGCCCUGGUGUUCCAGGAGAGAAAGGAGAAAAGGGAGACCCAGGAUUCCCCGGACUGGAUGGUCGGCCUGGCCUAGAAGGUUUCCCAGGGCCACAGGGGGUGAAAGGUGACAGAGGAGACUCAGGGAUAAAGUAAGGUGAACAAGGUCAAGAUGGAUUAGGAUUGCCAGGUCCUCCUGGCCCCCCCGGCCCUCCAGGACAAGUGAUCUACGUGUCCAGUAAUGAUAAAAGCUUGUCUAGUGUACCUGGCCCAGAAGGCAAACAAGGGCAUGCUGGUUUCCCAGGACCAGUUGGACCAAAGGGUGACACAGGAUCCCCAGGCCUUCAAGGCUCUCCAGGACUGAAGGGUGAGAAAGGAGAGCCAGGUGUUAUAAUUGGCCCUGAUGGAACUGUCAUAGCAGCUCAAGCAAAAGGAGAAAAGGGCGAGCCAGGCGCAAAAGGACCUGUGGGACGAGCAGGGCCACCUGGCCGACAUGGACAGAAAGGAGAAAUUGGCUUUCCGGGACGACCUGGUCGGCCUGGCAUGAAUGGGUUGAAAGGAGAAAAAGGUGACCCAGCAGACUCAAGUGGAGGGUUGGGCUUAAGGGGUCUUCCGGGUCUUCCUGGGCCACCUGGGCCUCCAGGACCUCCGGGCAGCAUAGUGCCUGUUUAUGACAAUAAUGCAUUUAGUGAGAUGGGCCCUCCUGGACCUCCAGGACUGCCUGGCUACCAUGGUGCUCCUGGUGAGAAGGGAGAAAAAGGCGAGAUGGGACCUCCAGGGCCAUCAGGCCAAUUCCCUUAUGAUCUCAGCUUAUUUGGCUCCACAAUUAGGGGAGAAAAGGGGGAAAGAGGGGACGCUGGGGCAAAAGGUGAAAAGGGUGAGCCCGGAGGUGGAGGAUUCUUCGGAUCAAGCGCCGCAGGACCUCCAGGUCCUCCAGGAUAUCCUGGCCUUCCGGGGCCAAAAGGGGACAGUGUUAGGGGACCACCUGGCCCCCCUGGACCGCAGGGACCUCCUGGUGCAGGAUUUGAGGGGCGACCAGGGCCUCCUGGUCCUCCGGGUCCUGCUGGAUCUCCUGGUCCCCUUUCUUUUCCAGGUCCCCAUAGGCAAUCUAUUAGUAUUCCUGGACCACCAGGGCCACCCGGACCACCGGGACCUCCAGGCAUUGGUGAUACAUCUUCAGGGCUGCGAAUCUUGCCAACCUAUCAGAGCAUGAUGAGCAGAGCUCACGAAGUGUCUGAAGGGCAGUUCCUUUUCAUCCGGGAUAGAGAAGAACUCUACAUCCGUGUCCGCAGUGGUUUCAGGAGAAUCCUUCUUGAGGAAAGAAUCUCCCUCUCUGGUCCUGGUCUGGACAAUGAGGUGUAUGAUAGGUCUCCAAGUAUCCACUACUCACACAGUGGGGGCACAGCAUCAUCUGGAUCCCAGCGCCCAUUUCCGCAACAUUUACCUUUGCAUCCUCAUCGAGAACAUAGUGUCUACUCCACUGCCAAGCCCUGGAGAGGAGAUGAGAGUGUGGCUAACCAGCAUCGCCUUCCUGAGCAACCUGUCAUCCACCCUCAUGAGGGAGCACAGCAGCAGCAAGAGCAAGUGAACACCUUCUUCCACAACAGCCGCCAGUCUGAAACUCUUCCUUCUGCUGUUCACACACACAAUGACUUCCAGCCUGCUCUCCACCUUAUAGCCCUGAACACUCCCCUGAGUGGCAGUAUGCGUGGCAUCCGAGGGGCUGACUUCCAGUGUUUCCAGCAAGCCAGGGAGGUUGGACUAAUGGGCACCUUCCGAGCAUUCCUUUCGUCCCGACUGCAAGACCUCUACAGUAUAGUUCGGAGAGCAGACAGGAGCAUGGUGCCUAUAGUCAAUCUCAGGGAUGAAGUGCUAUUUACUAACUGGGAGUACCUCUUCUCAGGCUCUGAGGCUCCCUUUAGAACUGGGGUUCGUAUCCUCUCCUUUGAUGGAAGGGACGUCUUGAGAGAUUCUGCAUGGCCUCAGAAGUCUGUGUGGCAUGGCUCUGACUCCAAGGGGCGGCGGUUAACAGAGAGCUACUGUGAGACAUGGCGGACAGAUGACAUGGUGGUGACAGGGCAGGCGGCCUCACUGGCUUCAGGCAAGCUGCUUGAGCAGAAAAGCAGCAGCUGCCAAAACGCCUUCAUCGUCCUAUGCAUUGAAAACAGCUUCAUGAUUUCUUCUCAGAAAUGAAUUUGGCACACGCCAAAAGCUCCGACUGCAAGUGGAGGGUGGGAACCUCCUGUUGCCCUCACGUAGAGAGGAACAGGUGAUGGCCCCUCCCCACCUCACCCCCAAUCAGGAUAGUGUGUCCAGCCAGUUCCACAGUAUAGCCGUGAAGCAGAUAAAUGAAUGACAAAGCCAAAGAGUGUCUUCCUGUGGUUUCCAGUGCAGACUGGUGCUGAAUGUGUCCCUCCCACCCCCCCCUUUGGCAUGGCUGUGAAUAAUACAUGUCUCUGCCAGAAGGGCUGUUUGUGAGGCAAUCUUCAGGCAAGUAUGGUACAUGAAAUGGUCUCUUUCUCUCUCUAGCCAUGUACACGAUGCAAAGAAUGUAUGUACAAUCUGUGUACAGUGUACACUUGAUUUCUUUGUAUAAGCAUUGAGUAACUCAGGUUAAAUUUAAUGCAAGUACAAUUGAAUGCAUGAUUUCUUUUCUUUUUUAAAAAAAACAUUUAUCCAGGUAUUGAUCUCCAGUUUUAUUUUGAAAAUAUGCACACAUUGGCUCUUUAUUACGAACAGAUGUGCUUGUGUACAUGCAUUCGCUAUACCUUGUGAACAGGGCUCAUCUCUCUCUUAAAUCAUGCUCAUAUCACACCUUUAAUUGUAUCUUUCGUUACAAGUUCCAUAUUUGUCUGUCACUCUCUUUCCCCAACGUCCACUUUGAUUUCCUUUUUAAAGAACGAGACAGCCAGGAGCAAGUGUGCAGAUCAGAAAUUCUGUUUAAUGGGGCUGAGUUGUCAUAGAAGAGACUCUUCAUAAAGUAGACAGGUGAUAGUACUGCUUCCCUUUGGAGCCCAGUGCUCUCAGUUUGACCUACCAUUACCUCUGCAUGGCACAGCCAGGUACUCUUGGCACUGCCUGCUCUUAUUUUGGGAGAAGAGUGCUGCUAAGGAUCACAAACUAGACCCUGGGGACACUUGUGGCCUUAAUAAACGUUUGUACAGAGUUCUCUCUGGGCCCAGAAAACCAUCAUGCCCAAGAACUCUUUGAAAGAGACAAAGUCCCUUUGAAGGUAGAUACUGCAUAUGGAAAUGAAGAAUGACACUGCCUCCCAGCACACGCUAAGUCAGAAGCAGCAGCUGGCUUAGUAGUUUUGCUGAGGUUCUCUUAUCGUGCAGACUCUUCUCGUAACAAUAUUCUGGUUAUAAUUUUUGUUAUAGAAUUUGUAGCAUCCUGCCCAGUGCCACAUGGAUUAAGGCUACAAGUCUUGCUUUGCAUAGUGCUUCUCUCCCUGCCCCCCCCUAUCUAGAACUAGAGGUAUUAAGAACAACUACCUUAAACUUCAGGGGUUUGAUUUUGCUCAAGUAUUUUAUUUGAGCUUGGAAAGAAGAGACAAAAAUUGUCAUUUAAAAAAAUCUUUUUUUUUUUAACAUCCUUCUUAAGUGCUGCCCCACUAUAUGGUUGCUAACUAUCUCCAUGGAAAAUGGGCUGGUACAAGUUUGGCACUGUCAUCAGUGAUGAUCCUGGAAACCUAUCCAUUUUCUUCAGCACCAUUCCUUCAACACCAUUACUUUUAAAGCUGUAGCUUAAAAGUAGAGAUAAAAGUUUCUGACUUCAUCACCCCUUUGAUUAAUAACAAAUGCAAUUAAGAGAUGGCUUUAUAUGUAUUCUCCUAAAUCCCUCUUGAACUCUGGCCCUAAUCUAACUUUUUAAUAGAACCAGAGCUGUUUUGUGAGUUAAUCUGGACAGGGAUAUGGGCCCCUUUUAACCACCUCUUUUCCUUCUCACCCCCCCCCCCCCAAAAAAAAAAAAUUAUGUGGCAGGAACCACUUGACCAAAGCCAUUCCUCACACCUAUACAUUCAGUCUCUUUAAAAAAGUAACUGGCAAUGUGUAAGUAUUUCUGGGUCUAGGCACUAACCACUAUCUGGUGUUGCACAUCCUGCUUUGCUCCGUUCCCCAGUAGUACAGGUGAAUUUGACAUAAGCAGGUUUGUGGCCAGGUAAGCUUUUAAGCUACCAAGUGAAGAAGGCCUGACAGCCUGCCCCCUGAUGAUAUGCCUUGAUUUCCUGUUGAAGUCACUUUUAUUGUGGAAGUCUUAUCGAGACAUUGGUAUUGCCAUGUACCAGUUUGUUUUAAACACUAAUGCCUAACCAUCUGAAGCAGCUGUGAAAAAGCCAAGGUGCUAAAUUUCUACCUAGCUUUUUAAUUGUCCAUCUGAGAUUUUAUUACUUGGGGUGGGGUGGGUUACAAGAACCUGUGCAAGUCACACAGUCAGUUUCUGUCUACUGUAUUUUGUGAAACUUACUGCAAUUUUAAAAGCCUGUGGAUUUCUAUACCUUUGUGUGUUGUGUUGUAUAAACUGUUUCCUAAAGGCACUGAAUAAAGGACAAUAUCCUCUUUUGA